AUUUGUUUGUCCGAUGCGCAUGUUAAUAAACGAAUCAGUAGCUUGAGGCGCAUGGCUCAAGGGCCCGUUCGGUUUGAAGGGAGACGGCACGAAUGCUGCAGAGCAUCUGCAGGAAGUACAGCAACACUAGCAAGGCGUAUCCUUUGGCCGCCAAGUGCUGCACCUCUUUCGCAGUUUUCGGAUCGGCGGACGCCGCGUCGCAGCUCAUUGUCAAUCAAAGGGAAGACUUCAGCGUGAUGCGCUCGGUACGUUUUGCCACAAUUGGGGGCUGCGUGAUGGCACCUCUGUUCACCGCAUGGUACCAGUUCCUGGAUCCUAUGCUUCCAGGGAAGCAGUAUUGGUACGCCAAGGUUUUGCUGGAAUGCGUCAGCAUUGGGCCUCUGUAUUUGGGCGUCAUGAUUUGGACCAAUGCGGCCUUGCAGGGCUUGUCACUAUCCGAGCAAACUUUGAGAGUUCGUCAAGACUGGUGGCCUCUGUUUAUCAAUGCUCUCAAAGUUGUCCCAGCUUACCAGUCCGUAAAUUUUCUUUUCGUGCCAGUCGAACAUCGCAUCCUAUGGCUCAACGCGUGCCAGUUCAUGUGGAAUGUCUUCGUGGCUUAUUCGGUGGCCAGCCGCAGCUCGGAGUAGGUCUGGAGAGGCGAUUUCUUGCUACUGACAAGGCGCGCAGAACAGUGAGUACGGACUCCAAGGGAACCGAUUCUAGAAUGACGGUCGGAUAACAUAUCGUAUUGCUUCUCUUUGAGAUGUUCAAGCGGGUAAGGGAGGGAAGACUUACGGCAAUGAGAAGAUUGCAUGGGUGGUAGAACGCCUCUCAAGAUGACUCGCCCACUGCCUCUUGCGGCAAGGGCUCGUGACUAGCUCCUUGACUGGUACGCGAGUGGAGUUUUUAUUCGUAGUGGUCGCGGGCCAUCCUCCAAGUAUUGGGGACACCUCUUACCGUUCCACGUCUCAAAAUGGUUGCAGGAUGCCUUGGACGCGCCCCGUGUGGUCGAACUCAUAGAUGACGAGAAAUUCUUCACGCUGCGCGUAUCCCCACCAGGCCCGCCCGGACUUGACUCGCCGCUAUGCGCUCUCGCCUGCGGCUGCAAACAAAAAGUAUCCCCACCAG